AUGUGCUCCAGCCUCUGGUUCCUGACGGACCGAAGGAUCCGUGAGGACUACCCGCAGGUGCAGAUACUGCGCGCCCUCCGGCAGCGCUGCUCCGAACAGGACGUGCGCUUCAGGGCCGUGCUCAUGGACCAGAUCGCGGUCACCGUCGUCGGCGGCCACCUCGGCUUGCAAGUGAACCAGAAGGCUUUGACAACAUUCCCAGAUGUGGUCCUUGUACGGGUGCCCACACCUUCGGUGCAGUCGGACAGCGACAUCACUGUCUUGAGACACCUGGAGAAGCUAGGCUGCCGCCUGGUCAACCGCCCCCAGAGCAUUCUGAACUGCAUCAACAAGUUUUGGACAUUCCAAGAGCUGGCUGGACAUGGGGUCCCCAUGCCAGACACAUUUUCCUAUGGUGGUCAUGAAGACUUUGCCAAGAUGAUUGAUGAAGCUGAGCCCCUGGGGUACCCUGUGGUGGUGAAGAGUACUCGAGGACAUCGAGGAAAAGCCGUUUUCCUGGCCAGAGAUAAACACCAUCUAUCGGACAUCUGCCACCUGGUCCGUCACGACGUUCCCUACCUGUUUCAGAAAUAUGUGAAGGAAUCUCACGGCAAGGACAUCCGCGUGGUGGUGGUGGGCGGCCACGUCAUCGGCUCCAUGCUCCGCUGCUCCACGGAUGGGAGGAUGCAGAGUAACUGCUCCUUAGGUGGCGUGGGUGUCAUGUGUCCACUCACCGAGCAAGGCAAGCAGCUGGCCAUUCAGGUGUCCAACAUCCUGGGCAUGGAUUUCUGUGGGAUUGACCUCCUCAUCAUGGAUGAUGGCUCCUUCGUGGUGUGCGAGGCAAAUGCCAACGUGGGCUUUGUGGCCUUCGACCAGGCGUGCAACCUGGAUGUGGGGGGGAUCAUCGCCGACUACACCAUGUCCCUGCUCCCCCGCCGGCUGACCGGGAAGACGGCCCUUCUCCCAGGAGUGUCUGGCGCUGUGGAGAAGAAUGAGCCUGAAGGAACUGCCUCUGCCCAGGCCGGCCCAGAAAGCAUUUACAUCACCAAUGGCGGCUCUACGUCCAGUGAGAGCGAACCAGAGCUGGGAGAAAUCAGGGAUUCUUUGGCAAACACGGCCAGGGCCCAACCCCCUUCACUGCCAGGCCCCAGCUACAAUAUUAACAACAUGAUUGCCUCUGAAUUAAAACUUAAAUGA